AUGUGUAUCUAUGUCGCAGGCGGAUCGAGCCAAUUGGAUGUUUGCGGCAGAACCACACCGCCCGCCGACGAGGCCGAAUUCUUUCGCAUCGCCAACUCGACCGUGCACCCCGUCGAUCAACCGCCCCUUAUGGCCUCACCACUGUCUGUUCGAGCGGUCAAGGCCGCCUGCAUCGUGUCAAAUGUUGCCCCCCGGCCAUUGUCGACGUUAAUCUCCCGGAGGCCGUUCUCUACCUCCCCCAAAUCCGGCUCAACCGCGGAGCAAUCUUCGGAGCAGGAUAUCGCGAUCGAAGAAGCGAAACGCCCACGAUGGUCAUAUACCCCUCCUGCUGCCAAAGCUCCCUUCAGUCUCCGUGCUCGGAAGCACCCUGAAUACCGUGUCAAUGAAGACCCGGCGGUGUUGGACCAGUUCUACGUUCGCCUGCUGGGCGACGGAGGUGAGAAGGUACUGCAGGAUGAAUUGAAGUGGCUGGCAGUCACGCAUAAGAGCUUCGACCAGGGGCGUCGUGGAUUCAACGAUCGAUUGGCUUUCCUUGGGAAAAACAUCGUGCAAUUGCAGGCAUCUCUAGCUCUGGUGCAAAACGGCGAGGCUGUUAGCCAAAUUGACAAAUACGGGCGAACGCCUUUCACUCACCCCGCGACCCAGGGACUACGCAAUCUCUCCUCCGACACCAAGAGCUUUUUGACCGAUCGAACAAAGUUGGCCGAUCUGGCCAUGCAGAGGUACAACAUGGAGAAAGUGAUUCGAUGGAACCCACGAGACCCUACCAACCUUGAAGGCUCUGGUCUUGAGCUGGUUCUGGCGCACUCCCUCUACGCCGUCGUUGGAGCAGUCGCAAUGGAGAAGGGAGGACAAUAUGCCAACGAGGUGGCUAAGGAGCGUAUUCUUGCGCCAUUGGGGGUGAAGGUGGCAUGA